ACUCCCCGACAGCAUUCCCAGCUAGGUCGCAGCCUGGGGAGCUAAGUGGGUUGUCCGGUUCCGGGACACGCAGUGUGCACCCGUCGUUUGACCCGGUCCCAGGAAGGCAUCAUGCCCCAGAACGUGGUCCUCCCGGGCCCUGCGCCCUGGGGCUUCAGACUCUCGGGGGGCAUAGACUUCAACCAGCCUUUGGUCAUCACCAGGAUCACUCCGGGAAGCAAGGCGGCAGCUGCCAACCUGUGUCCUGGAGAUGUCAUCCUGGCUAUUGACGGCUUUGGUACGGAGUCCAUGACCCAUGCAGAUGCACAGGACAGGAUUAAAGCCGCAGGGUAUCAGCUGUGUCUCAAGAUUGACAGGGCAGAAACCCGCUUAUGGUCGCCACAGGUGUCUGAAGAUGGAAAAGCGCAUCCUUUCAAAAUCAACUUAGAAGCUGAACCACAGGAUGUGAACUACUUUGAACACAAGCACAAUAUUCGGCCCAAACCUUUCAUAAUUCCAGGCCGAACAAGUGGCUGCAGCACGCCUUCCGGUGUUGACUGCGCCAGCGGACGCAGCACCCCUUCCUCUGUCAGUACCGUUAGCACGAUCUGCCCAGGCGACUUGAAAGUUGCUGCUAAGAUGGCCCCUAACAUUCCUUUGGAAAUGGAACUUCCUGGUGUGAAGAUUGUCCAUGCUCAAUUUAAUACACCCAUGCAGCUGUACUCAGAUGAUAAUAUCAUGGAAACACUGCAGGGUCAGGUUUCCACCGCUCUGGGGGAGACACCCUCAAUGAGUGAACCCGCAGCCUCAGUACCCCCUCAAUCGGAUGUGUACCGCAUGCUCCAUGACAAUCGGGAUGAACCAACUCCUCCUCGCCAGUCAGGCUCCUUCAGGGUGCUCCAGGAAAUGGUGAACGACGGGCCUGAUGAUCGUCCCGCUGGAACAAGAAGCGUGAGGGCUCCAGUUACUAAAGUCCACGGCGGAGCUGGCAGUGCCCCGAGGAUGCCACUCUGUGACAAGUGUGGCAGUGGCAUUGUAGGCGCUGUCGUCAAGGCCCGGGAUAAGUACCGGCACCCCGAGUGCUUUGUGUGUGCUGACUGUAACCUCAACCUCAAGCAGAAGGGCUACUUCUUCGUGGAGGGGGAGCUGUACUGUGAGACCCAUGCGAGAGCCCGUACGAGACCCCCAGAAGGCUACGACACCGUCACUCUGUACCCCAAAGCCUAAGUCCUUUGCAGACGAGAACACGCAUGCUCGCACCCACGCACACUUACACUGGCCAAUGACAUGGAUGGCUUUAGCAGAAGGAGCGCGAACAGUCACCUCCCAAUCUGAAGCCACGGCUUUUUAGGCAUGUAUCCUAUUGUGUAGUGAGGGCAAGAAAUGGGAAGGCAAACGCCCACCUCGUGACAAAGCCAGUAUUAUCUGCGAUUUGCAAUUCUUUAUCUUUGGGGACAGCAAUGGUGACAUUUAAAGCAAUAAUGUUUCAACCUUAUGCUCCACCAUUCCCAUCUGUUAUACCACCAUUGGAUGUGGUAACACCUGGAUAUUUGGGGGAGUUGAGUUGUUUUUCCUUCAGAAUUGCUUUUGACAAUUGUAGUAAGAAAUGCCAAAUAGCAACCUUGUAUUCUAACAGAAUCUGCAGGUGUCUGUGUCUGUUUUUCCUAGCGUGCUUGUCAGGAAGCCGCUUCCAGGAUUUCUGUUUUGUAGGCAAAUAGCUGUGCCACGGGACAACAGAAACACAAUAAAUACGGGAAGCAUGUUUUUAAAUUCCCAGUGAACCAGUAUUCGGUGGAGU